AUGCCAAUUGAUGUUGACAAUAGAAAUUAUGAAAAAAAAGAAUAUUUAGAAAAAACUUUUAAAAGAUAUAAAUUAGAUGAUAAAAUUAAAUUUAACUUUUUAAUAGGAAGAGAUCUUUCUUAUGAAGAAACUUCCCUUUUAUUGCCUAAUUCUUUUACCUUCGAAAAAAAUGAACUUGAUAUUGUUGCAUUAACAGAGCUGCAAAAAUUUGGAAAUUUUAACGAGAAGGAAACGCUUUUUUUUAUUAAAAUGUUUCAAACUUCCAAUUCUGAUGAAAAAGAAAUUUUUAAAAACCUUAUGCAUAUUUUUACAGCAAAUAAUAAAAAAAGAAAAAAGGCUGUGCAUAAACUUUGUACAGCAAAAAAUUACAAUCUUGUAGUUGAAAAAAUUAUUUUUUGUUUAAUUUCACAAGAUCUUAAAUUAAUAGUAAAAGAAGAUUUAUUAUUAGUUAUUGAAACUUUAAUAGUAAAACAUAUUUCUAGCUUUUUGUAUUGGCCUGAAAUAAUUUGCCUUUUGGUUAAAUUUAUUAAUGAAGAUAAUCUUAUUAACAAAUCUAUUGAUAUAUUGUUAUUUUAUAUUGAAAAUGAAAGUGAAAAUAUUAUUAAUUUUAUAAAUCAAGAAAUUGAGACUGAUAAUUCUAUUUUACAAGAUAUUUUAAGUAAAUUAAUAGCCUUGCUUGUUAUAAAUAAUGGAUACAAUACGACAUUAAUGAGAUUUAUAAACAUUGAAAUAGAGCUUAAAGUCAAUAAUCAAUUAUUAAUUUUUUUACGAUCUCAUUAUUUUAUGUUUACAUUAAUGGGUGGUGAAAUUACAGAUUUUAAAAAAGAAAUGUAUACCUUUUUGCAUAAACUUUCUAAAUUUAAAAAUAAAAGAGUUCUAAAAGAGCUUGCAAAUAUUAUUUCACAUUUACACAUUCAAAAGUUAAUAGAUGAUGCAGACCUAUGGUUUGAUAAAUUUUAUACAACGGUAUUGGAUUUUUGUACUACAAAUAACAGAGAUUUUAGUACUCUCAUGAUACCUAGUGCAUUACAAGAAAAAAGAUUUUUGAUCCAUUUAAUUCGCACCUGUGCAAUUUUAUCAACAAGCAAUCAAAAUAAUUCUGUUAAAGUUUUUAAAAUUAUCAAAAACUGGCCUGAUUUUGACAUAAACAAUAUUAAAAUAUUCUACAGAAUUCAAAAUAAUUUAGAUUAUAAAAGUAAUAUAGAUUAUAUUUUAUCUAAUUUGAUAAAUAUGUUAGAUGUUAAAUAUAAAGAAUAUGAGCAUAUUGUAUCACAAAUUUUCAUUAAUAUGUUACCAAAUAAAACUAUAGAAGAACAUCUAAUUACACAUAUGUGUGAUAAAGAAAGUAUUUUAAAAAUAUUUAGUCAAACACAACUACUUGCACCAGAAAAUUAUAUACAAUUUAGAGAAAGUGUCUUUAUUUUGCUGAAAUCAAAUUCUACAUCAUGUUUGAAAAAUAUUUUGCAUUUUUGUGAGAUUGGAAAGUUUAACAAAGAAGAUUUUAAUAGACUUUUUGAACUAGGAAAGCAGAAAAUUGAUGGUGUAGAAGAUAAAAUAAAGAUUUAUGGUUAUAAGAUUUUAAACGCAACAAUUCAUUGUAUAGAAGAUACAGACGUAAAAAAUUUGGGAAAAGUACUUUACGAAAAAUUAGAUAAAACAAACCUUCCGUUGUUAAGUAAACAACUUGAAACUUUAGCUAAAAUUUACGAAAAAGCCCCUUUUUCAAAUUGUUCUGAUUUAGUACUCGAACUUGCUCCACUUUUGAAAUAUAAAAAUGAAAAAGUUAAAGAAAAAAUUGUUUUUUUCUUACUUACAAUAUUAAAUUGUACAAAAGUCAAUAAUAUUAAAAAAAUAGAGUUUAUGCGUAUAACUUAUGACGUAAUGGAUUACCUUUCAUUUUGGUAUAUUAAAAGGAAACAAAUAGGUGUGGAUUUAUUAAUAAAACUUUCUGAUAUUAUACCUCCUCAGGAAAUUGUAAAUAUUUUUUUAGAAUUUCUAGAAUGCAAUGAUAAAAAUGUCAAAACAGGCCUUAUUUCAGGAAUAUCACAACUUUCUAAUCAUUGCGGAAUUUAUAAUAUACUGCCUGUUUUACUUGUUGAUUAUUCUUAUUUAGAAGAUAAAUCUAAAUUAAUUAUUGUACAAAUACUUAGUAAAUGUAAAAUAGAUACUAAAUAUAUUUCUUAUCUUAGUUAUUUGAUAGAAGAUUGUAUUAUUAAUAAUGAUGCAAAUUUUAGAUUAGCAGGUAUUAAUUUAUGCACACAAUUAUUAAUUAAAAAUGAAAAGCAUAAUUUAGAUGUAGAAAUUUUUACGCAUUUUUUAAAUUUAAUAUGGUUUAAUAUUCUAGAAAAAAAUAUUGAAAUAAAAAAAGUAUUUGAGAAAUUUAUACAAGAAUUUACAAAAACAAUAGGCGGACAAUUUUUUAUAAAAUAUCUGAUACAGGGUCUUUACCAUCCCUCAAAAAAAGUACAAAAGAGAUACAUGGAAAUUUUUAAUAUUGUAAAAAACAAUGAUGAUUUUGUAAAUGAAUAUCUUUUGGUUAUAGAUAAAGAACUACAAUGA